GAUAGGCAGAGCCCUCUGUCGUGAGCCUGCUUAAGUUGUUGUGUCCCAGCACUGACCACAUGUCGGUCGGCCAUUCAAACACCGCUGCAGGUCCCCUUGGGUUGAAAGGUCGUGUAAGUGUCUUUCUAUUUCUUUUCCUCUUGCUUGUUUUGCUGGCAGUAGUCACCUCUGAUCCCUGCACUAGAUUGCCGUUUCCUUCAAAUGGAGGCCUUUUCGGACCAGUUCAUGGAAUUUCACCACAUACACGGCACCAAUGUCAGACUGGACCACUCAGGGACGCAGGCCACUCGGGUAGAGAGCUUCGCUAACGGGGUGUGUUUCAGCAAACACCCUCUGAAACCGGGGGAGAUUUUUCUCAUUGAGAUCGAGGAUAAAGAGCUGGGCUGGUGCGGUCACCUCCGCAUGGGCCUCACUGCCAGGGACCCCCGGACGCUAGAGGCGGUGCCUGAAUACUCCAUCCCAGACCUCACAGAUUUGGGAGAAAGCUGGAUUUUUGCCAUCACACGCAACCACAACAAAGUCUUAGAAGAUCCUGGGGUCCAAGAGGACGAGGGUCCGGCCGGGGGCCGGCGGCUCGGCCGCGGGGGAGGCGAAGACGGAGGUGAAGGCAACGGAGAAAGAGGAGGCAACAUGAAACCAAAGACGUUCUUCACAGACUCUCACCUGUUCAUUGAGAACGUCCGCAUCCCCAGAGACAAGCUCGUUGGACGAAGCCGACCCGGACGCUACAGUCACAUACUGGAUGACCUGUACAAGACCAACGCGCUGCCCCCCACAGCCCGGCGGAGCAGGAUCGGAGUCCUGUACGUUCCCAGAGCGAGGGGCUGCGGUGACAUGCACAUUGUCAUCAAUGGGGAAGACAUGGGGGCUUCUGCAAAGGGGAUCCCCACCACACAGCCCAUCUACGCAGUGGUGGACGUCUUUGCUGCCACCAAGUGUGUUCGAAUUGUCCAGGUGGAGUAUGGAUUCUCGUCCUUGCAGACACUGUGUAGGAAAGUCAUCCAAAAACACAUCGUCCACCGCAUGGCCAUUGACUGGUUGGAGCUACCUGAGGCUCUCAAGCACUAUUGCAAGUAUGAAUGAAAGAUGAAGCUUGCAAUAAAAUUAACAGAACUCUUUACUAGCUUUUGCCUAUAAAAUGAUUAUUCUCACUA